AUGGAAGCUCGCACAGCACUUCAUGAGGAUGUGUUAGAAUGGGUGAAAAAAGAUAGUCGUCGUUUCCUGCGUGUCAAUAUCAAAGUUGAUGAUCUUGAUUACACCAUUAAGUAUGCCUUGAACAAAGCUACAUAUAGCACUUUAUUUGUUCUUAUAAUAUUGACAGGUUUUUACACAGAAUUUUUGGGGAUGAAAGUGUUGAGUAGAGAACAUUUCCCGGAAGAAAAUUACUCAAAUGCAGUUGUUGGGUUUGGACCUCAAGAGACUCAUUUUGUGAUAGGCCUCACAUCCCACCAGAAUGAAGCAGACAAGUUAGAGGUUGGAACAACCUUCAAUCAUUUUGGAAUCGCAACCCAAGAUAUUUAUAAUAUAGUUGAAAAAAUUCGAGCCAACGGAGGAGUGAUCACUCGCGAACCAGGGCCAAUCGCAACUGGCGGGACCAUAUUCGCCUUCGUGAAGGAUCCCAACGGCUACACUUUCGAGCUCCUCCUGAGGCCACCAACUCCAGCACUUUGCCAAAUAUGCCUUAAUGUGUUUGAUAUGGAUCGCUCUAUUGAGUUCUACAAUAAGUCCUUGGGCAUGAACCUACUACUACCAAAGUUUAACGCUACUGAAGAGCAGUAUACUCUAGCUAUGUUGGGUUAUGGAUCCAAUUUUACUGAGACAACUAUUAUCGAGUUGAAAUACAAUUAUAACGUGACCCAGUAUACCAGAGGAAACGGAUAUGCACAGGUUGCUAUUGGCACUAAUGACGUAUACAAGAGCGCAGCAGCUGUUGAACUGGUUACCAAGGAAGUUGGAGGGAAAAUAAUUCGUCCACCAGGGCCAAUCCCACAAAUCAAAACCAAAAUCACUGCAUUCCUCGACACAGAUGGCUUUCAAACAGUGUUGGUGGACAAUCAAGACUAUCUUAAAGAAUUGAAGAAAUAG